AUGGCUGAAAGAGAAAUAACACAAUAUCAAGUUUAUGGAAUUCGUUGGAUUCAAUUAAUUAUUUAUAUAUUAGCAACAUUUUCAAAUGCAUUAAGUGGUAUGACAUUUUCUCCCAUUGCAGCACAAACAUCAAAUUUUUUUAAUAUAACAAUAACUCAAGUGAAUUCAUUGUCUAUUGUAUUUUUAUUUCUUUAUACAGUUGGUACAAUAUUAUCAAUAUGGUUAUCAAGAAAAUUAUCAAUGUAUGCAACAAUGAUUAUAGGAGGAAUAUUAAAUCUUGGUGUUUUUAUUCGUUUAUUAGCAUUAAUAAAACCAGAAUAUGGAUAUUAUUCAUUACUUAUUGGACAAAUAUUUCCAGCAUUAGCAGCACCAUUUUUUCUAAAUUCUACAGCUUUGUUUUCUGCUCGUUGGUUUCCACCGUCACAACGUGAUAUAGCAACAGCUAUUUGUUCAAUGGCUAAUCCAUUAGGCUUAGCAAUUGGUUCAUUAGUUCCAUCAUUAUUAGUAACUGAUAAUCCAACAUCGAAGGAAUUUUUUAUUCUUUUAAUAAGUGAAGCUGGAUUUACAUUAUUAGCAACAUUAUUAUUAAUACUAAUAUUUCGAUCAGGUCCACCAACACCUCCAUCACCUUCUGAAGAACAUCAUCAAUCAAUAAAUUUAAAAGAAGAUUUAAUAAAUCUUUUAACAAAUUGUCAUUAUAUUGUACUUUUAAUAGGAUUUUCAUUUGGUUUAGCUUUAUUUAAUUCCAUAACAACAUUAUUAUAUCAAUUAAUUGCACCAAGUGGAUAUUCAAGUGUAGAUGCAGGAAUAUUUGGUGCUGUUGUUAUUGUUGCUGGUCUUGUAAGUGCUUUUGUUGUUGGUGUUGUUAUGGAUAAAACUCAUGCAUAUCGUUUAAUAUUAAAAAUUUUAUUAAUUGGUGCUUGUGCUUCAGCAAUAUUUUUUAUUGUUAUUCUUCAACCAAAUAAAUAUUAUCCAUUAGCUGUAUCAAUUGGUUUAUUAGGAUUUUUUUUAUUACCAUUAUUACCUGUUUCAUUUGAAUGUGCUGUUGAAUGUACAUAUCCAAUACGUGCUGAAUGGUCAACAGGAUUUUUAAUGUGUUUAGGAAAUAUUCUUGGUGGAAUAUUUAUAUUUAUACUUGGUUAUCUUAUUAAAUUAGAACCAGAAUAUAAAUCUGGUCAAAUAUUUACACCAUCAGCAAUAUUUAUGCUUUGUUUUUUUGUUAUUAGUUCAGGAACAUUAUUUGCAUAUAAAGGACCUUAUCGAAGACUUGAAGCUGAACGUAAAACUGUUAAUUUACAAUCGGAUAAUACAACUACACUUAAUAUAUAA